CUUUACCACCCGCGUCGGUCCCCACAACUUCAAUGCCCACCUGUAUAGAAUGCCGCUAUCCAGUGAAAACGCUAUACACGGAGUAUUCCAAGGCGGAUGACCGGGCCUUGGGGAAAGGCGUGCGGCUUACCCAAUGCCCCCGCUGUAAACGCUUCGCGGACAAAUAUGUGGAGCACGACUUCGUCGUGUUGUUCAUUGACUUGGUGUUGAUCAAGCCGCAGGUGUACAGGCAUCUGCUGUUCAAUGCUCUAGGACGUGAGGAUGGCAAGUUCGAUCGCCAUAUCCUCCGCCUCGGUCUCUUCCUCCUCCUCUUCGAUGUCUACCUCACCUGGGUCCGCAUCGAGCAAUUCCCCCUUCCGCCAAACCACCCCUCCCAUCACUCAACUCACUCCUCCAACCCACCCACGAAUGUCCUCCUUCUCCAAGCUCAACCCCUUCUCACUCAGUACCUCUUCUUUCUCCUUCUCGUCUGCGCCAGCACCGCGGCCUUCCACCUCCCCAUCUGCUUCCUCUGCAGCGCAAAACUAGGAGUCAACCCCAAAGGGCAUGUCGGCCUCUGGAAACGCCUCUACCGCUUCCUAGUCCCUUACUACCCGCACCCCGCGCCCCUCAGCACCGCCCUCAUCGUCAGCUCCUGCUCCAAGCUCUUCCCCAUCGUGCUCAAGAUAUGGGACUACGAUCUGCCCAGCGCGGCCACGGCCGUCAGUUGGGCCGUCAUCGUCAAUAACAUCGCUGCGUUGGAGAUUCUGAUGGAUUGCGGGUAUUUGCGGGCGGCCUUCUUGGUGGCUGUGGGAGCGGGGUUCAGGAGCUUGGUCGCGCUUUUGAUGUUGAAGGCUGCGGGGCUGGGGACGGGGUGGGAGGGAGGAUUAUGGGAGAGUCUCUGGAGAAAGUGGCGAAUCUAA